CGAUUUAGCUGAAGAGGAAAAAACCACUCCAGAAAACCCUCAACAUUCAAUGAUCAGCAAACUCCAUUCGCCAUCAAAAUUGAUUGUCACUUUUUAAACCCUAGAAAAGUGUAAUUUCAGCUCUGCUGCUUAUUAAUUCUGCGUUUUCAGUGAUAAAUGGAGAAGCAGGGAUCAGGUUCGCUGGAAUUACAAUGCGUCGGAAAACUGGAAAUCGCGCGGCCGAAGCCCGCCGGUUUUCUUUGCGGCUCAAUUCCGGUGACCACCGAUGAGGCUUUUCACGAUUUUAGCUCCGCAGCUCUAGUUCCGUCUCCGAAUACGUUAUGCGCUCCAAGGUAUCGGAUGAUUCCUGCAGAAACUGAUCUGAAUGCACUCCCUUUACUAUCAAGUAUUCCUGAAAGAGUGUUACCAAUUGCCGCCACACAGGCAAAAACAGAUGGAGAUUCUUCCUGGCAAGGUGUGUCUAUUACGUCAAGUCUUGCAAGGAAAGGAGAAGCACUUGCUGUAACUGGUUUAGCAGAAUAUGGAGACGAGAUAGAUGUGAUAGCCCCAGCUGAUAUUCUAAAACAAGUAUUUAAGAUACCAUACUCCAAGGCUCGAGUCUCAAUUGCAGUUCACCGUGUUGGACAAACACUCGUCCUGAAUAGCGGGCCUGAUUCUGAAGAAGGAGAAAAACUUAUCCGAAGGCAAAACCAUCAGCCAAAAUGUGUAGAUCAGUCCUUGUUUCUGAACUUUGCAAUGCAUUCGGUAAGAAUGGAGGCUUGUGAUUGCCCUCCGAGUCAUAACACUUCAACGGAGGAGCAGUUUAAAUCAUCUAAUUACACUGAUGAAUGCAUUACAAGUGAAGGGUCGAUUGGACCCUCAAACCACCCGAAGCAAGGGCAUCAUGCACCGGAUAGGCAGCGUGAAGGUAUUGUUCAGAAAGACAAAUAUGGCAAUCAAGAAGAGUUCCCCUCAGGCAGAAAGGAGGAUGAUGCUUUCUGGGGGAAGAAAAAGAAUAAAAGACAUAAAGGUAGUGAAACUACCAAGAAGGUCUCAGAAGUCAAAGAAAAGCUAAGGUGCCCGGUUCAAGAAUCUGAAAAGUACAGAAAAGUUGGUGCAGAUGAUUUUCUAAGGAUUCUAUUCUGGCAGUUCCAUAACUUCCGUAUGCUUUUGGGAAGUGACUUGCUAAUCUUUAGCAAUGAAAAAUUUGCAGCCGUGAGCUUGCAUUUAUGGGAUGUUUCACGGAAGGUCACUCCAUUGACCUGGCUUGAGGCAUGGUUGGACAACUUUAUGGCUAGUGUUCCUGAAUUGGCCAUCUGCUAUCACGAGAAUGGUGUCGUUCAGGGAUACGAGCUAUUGAAAACUGAUGAUAUUUUUCUACUGAAAGGUGUAUCUGAUGAUGGAACUCCUGCUUUUCAUCCUAAUGUUGUCCAGCAAAAUGGUCUUUCUGUUAUGAGGUUCCUUGAGGAGAACUGCAAGCAAGACCCUGGGGCUUACUGGCUUUAUAAAAGUGCUGGAGAAGAUGUUGUGCAGCUGUUUGAUCUUUCAGUCAUUCCUAAAAACCAUUCUGCUGAUAAUUGUCAUGAUGCUACUGGCCCGUUGCCAUCUUUGAUUUAUGGAAGAAGAAGUGAUUCUGUUCUCUCCCUGGGCACUCUACUUUACCGAAUAGCACAUAGAUUAUCACUGUCAAUGUCUUCUAAUAACAGGGCAAGAUGCGCAAGCUAUUUCCAAAAGUGUCUUAGUUUCUUGGAUGAACCAGAUCAUCUAGUGGUGCGUGCGCUUGCUCAUGAACAAUUUGCAAGGCUCCUCUUGACCUACAAAGAAGAGUUUGAGUUAACAUCUGCAGUGCCUCCGGUAAAGUCAGAAGUUAUUAUUUCUGAUGCUGAAGAAGAGUCAGUAGAUUUUAUUAGUGGCUCAACAUCAAGUAUUCAAGAUAUUGUCUAUCCACCUGUCAGCACAGUUGAAAAGCCUGACAAUGCAGGUUCUCUACAACAUAUCGAACUAGAAAAGACUUCUCAGAAGUCAUGUGGCCAAGAUAUAUAA